AUGAAUAUCAAGCCUGGAGUAGCGGCCGUUUUGCUGACACAAGCAAUUGGCGCAGUCGGGAACAUGGCGGUGACGCCUGUAUUGCCCUUCUUCGCCGUGCAGACCCUGGGCGCAUCAGCCCUUGAGGUAGCUUUGCUGGCUUCGUGCUUCAACUUUACGCAGAUGGUCUUUGCACCCUGCGUGGGUGCAGUUUCGGACCACUUUGGACGGAAGUAUGUGAUGCUCGGGGGUCUCUUGCUGCAGGCUUUGUCGAACUCCUUCCAAGCUGUGGUAGACAGUCCAGCUGCCCUGCUGCUGGCACGAGGCUUUGUGGGCUUGGCAACAAGCACUGGCCCGGCUGAGAUGGCCUACAUCAUGGACUACACCCGUGAUGAGCAGCAGCUCAGUUACAUCCUUGCCUUGCAACGAGUGGUUUGCAACGGUGGCGCUCUGUUGGGCCCUGUUCUUGCCCACACUUUCAGAGGCUAUGGCUUUCCAGCCUUUUGUCGAGGCUUAGCUUGCAUCAACCUCCUUAGCCUCCUGCUGGGAUCCCUCCUUUGGGAUAACCGGCAGUCGCUUUCCGGCGACGCGGACAGGGAGGCCUCUUGCUCCACACCAGUAAGCAUCCAGCGAUCCAGGUCAGACCUCUCCAAAAGUGGACAAGGCCGUGCCUGGGGCGAGAACUACCUUGCCGUAUUGGUGCACGCAGGUGUUGGCUAUCUGCUUGGGGCAUCCUUCGGAUUCAGCUUCACCGUUGGUGUUAGCGAAGGCCCCGAACCGUUGUUUCUGAAGGAUCGAUAUUUCUUUGGGCAGACCGAAUUUGGCUGGUUUUUCAUGGUGUCGAAUGCUUCGACGCUCAUGUGGUCACCUGUACUUCCGCUGUUCAUUGCGCGUUUUGGGGCGAGAGUGGCUUGUGCGGCUGGCUGCUUUGGUACUGCCACCGCCAUGCUUUUCCUGAUUACGCUGAAGGGAAGCAAGUGGGUUCCAUACAUUUAUGUUGCAGCGACAGUUGGCCUUUGCUCGACCAUGGUGGGGCUUGGCUUCAUGGGUCUGGUGAGCAAAAAUUGCCCACGUCACCUCCUUGGAACGAUGCUUGGCCUGAAGAAUGCUUUGGAUGGGAUGGCUGGCACCGCAGCGCCAGCCGUUGGUGGGAUGCUAUACUACGUUGGCAGGCAGCUGCCUUACACAGUUGCGGCCUUCUUUGCGUUUGCCAUGGGCGGUUUCUACAUUUCGUUGCCGCCGUCUGUUAGCAAACAGGACAUGUCUGAGGAGCUGAAGCCGCUGAUGACGCCCAAAGUCAAGGCGGAGACAGAAGCGGAUGUGAAAGCUCCACUCCACCAUGUGCAGUCGUCUGCGCUGCCGCUGUCGUUUUAUGCUGGAAAGAAUUACUCGUCGCAGUGCCUGCUGAACCAGCUCAGCUUGGUCAUGGACCCUGAGCUGCGAGAGCUGUACACCAUGACUGUGGAUCGGAUAGAGAAGGAGAAAGGCACUGUCCAGGGCGCUGGUGGCAUGCGCCCUGUGGCCAGCGUUUCCAGCGGGCUAGCCGCCCGAACUCAGUUGAAUCAGAUGAACAGAAGUCUCGGCGAGGUGCGUGCGCUCAGCUCAGACAACGCGUUGGCAUCCCACGUGCCACAGAGGGACGAUGACUCGCCAGAGCACUCGAGAACGUCAGUCUGGUGCAACGUAGUCCUUGUCCUUGCGCUCCUGUGUGCAGAGGACGCCAGUGCAGAGCAGGCGACACCACUGUCGGAAAAGUCGACAGCCCUGAAGAAGGUAACACAGCUUCUAACAGAGCUUACCCAGCAGCUGAAAGAAGACAAGGAGGCAGAUGAAAAAGAGUAUUCCGAGUAUGAGAAGCUGACAAAGGCAAGUAUCGCCUCAGCGGGAACCACUGUGGAGCAAUGCACCACGCAGGUGGCGGAGUUGAAGGCGAGCAUUGCGACAGCAGAGGCGCUGCAGGCUGAGAAGAAGAGUCUUCUGGCCUCAGCUGCCUCAAGCUUGCUUGAGUCGCAGAAGGAGCUGGAAUUGGCCAAGCAGCAGCGGUUGACCGAGAAGGAGACAUUCGUCAAAAACGCUGCGCAGCUGCAGAAGAGCACAGACAACUUGAACCUUGCGCUGCAAACAGUCAAAAGUAUGUCUGAAGGUGCGGACUCGUCUGGUCUGUUGCAGAAGACCGAGGGCAAGAAGAAGCCACACUUGCCCCGUGAGCGGAUUUUGGCAGCCACCUCACAGCUCCGGACAGCUCUGAGUGCUGGCGCUGAUGAGCUGCUGACCGCCAGUCAGCCCCAGAACUCAGAGGGAAGAGGUUGGUAUCUCAAGAAUAAGAAGGCCUCGCAAGAUCCCAUGUCCUGCGGGUUCAUAGUGUUGAAUGGCACCCCUGUAGAUCUCUUGAAGCAGGGGGAAGAGUGUGGAGAAGACCACGAGGGAAACAAAGAACGUGCCUCCACGCUCGACAUGCCUCUGAAGUACCCGCUGGGCAAGGUGGCAGCUCUCCUAGCCCUCGCAUCCAGCUCCCUGCAGCUGGCGAGCGAUCGAAAAGCUGAAGCCGAUGAUGGGUUGGAUGAGUUCACCAGCGGCGACGAAACACCGUCGGUCGGAGAUUUGUCGGAGACGCUGAAGCAGGUCAAAUCCGAGACGGAGACUGAGCUGGAAGCCACGCAGACAGCGGAGGAGAAGUCGCGAAAAAACUUCGCAGACCUCACCAAGACGCUGGAAGAGGAAGUGGCAGCGCGCCAAGCGGCCGUGGACGAGGUGAAAGCAGCGAUCUCCACCUCAGAAGAGGAAGCGGGCAAGGCAAAGAGUGACUUGCUCUCUGUGAACAGGCGGCUGUCCUCCACAAAGCAGCAGCUCACAGAGCUGCAAAUAGACCUGAAGGAUAAGAGCAAGGACUUCACCGCGCGGCAAAAGUCCCGCGACUCCGAGGCGGGUGUUGUCCAGGAGGCCCUGGAGAUUCUCACAAAGAAGAGCGGCACCAUGGACGUGGCAGCCGUUGAAGAAACAGCGAAGAAGGCAGCUAGCUUCCUGCAGCUGUCUUCAGAGGCCUUCAGCACCCGCCAGUCCUCGCACGAGUUGAGCAGGCGCAAGGUGGCCCGGCUCUUGGAAUCGGCAUCCAGCCCCGGCCUUGCAGCUUUGCUGCUGCAGUCCCAGGAGGGCACCGGCAGGAGGGACGUUUUCAAGAAAGUCAAGGCCUUGAUCCACGAGAUGCUUUCCAAGCUCAAUGAACAGCAGGCUCAGGACGCGCGCCGGGACAGUUGGUGUCAGACGGAGCUGUCCAACACCAACAAUGCCAAGGCCAGCAAGGCAACCCGUGCCGACAAGCUCAAGACAAAGAUGCUGGCUGUCAAUGCCGAGUUGUCCUCUCUGAAGUCUGAGAUUGAAAGCAGCACCAAAGACAUCGAGGACAUGAAGGCCUCCUUGCUAGCCGCUGAGAGCCAGCGGGCCAAGGAGAGUGCCAAGGCUAAAGCUGACGUGGUGAUGUACUCCGAGGACCAGCGGGUCCUGAGGGAGGCAAUCCUUGUUCUUCAGCGAGUCUACGGCGAAACUGCAGUCAAGGCCGACAAGAGCGGCUACAAAGCCAAAGCCACAGGUACAGGAGUCGUCGGGCUACUUCAGGUGUCCCUAGAGAACUUUGCCGAUCUCGCGGAGGAGACGGCCAAGGGCGAGAAGGAGGCCAAGGCGGAUUUCCAGGAGCUUAAGACCACCACGGAGGUUCGCCUGGCCACCUUCGAGAAGGAUACGGAGUACAAGAAGCAGAUGAUUACGAAGCUCGAGUCUGAGCUGGUGAGGGCCAACGAAGACCUGGCCAGCUACAAGAAAGAGAUCAAGGCGCUGAGCACCUACCUAGAGGAGCUCGCGACAUCCUGCUCUGCCACUUGGACUUAA